GCCCCCCUCCUCCCCUCUCUCUCAAAAAGUAACACCCUCCUUGUUAUGUGCUAUGAGUCUGAGAUCCCAAAAGGAGGAUCCGGAGCAGUAGGUAACCAUUAGCUUACUGCAGGAGAGGAGACAAGCAAAGGAGAUACAGAUAUCCCUCCACCAUGGAUCUGGUCGAGGACUACGAUUACUAUGACAACCUAACCCUGAACUACAGCUAUGAGGACUACCACACUGUGUGUGAGAAGGCUGACGUGCGCUCCUUCGCUGGACUCUUCCUCCCUGUGGUGUACUCAGUCUGUGUGGCAGUUGGGCUAGCCGGGAACUCCCUUGUGCUAUCUGUCUACGCCUACCGUCUGAGGAGAACCAUGAUGGACGCCUUCCUAGUCCACCUGGCAGUAGCCGACCUCCUCCUCCUCCUAACCCUGCCCUUCUGGGCUGCAGACGCGGCGCGGGGCUGGGAGCUGGGCCUGCCUCUCUGUAAGCUAGUCUCUGCCUGCUACACCAUCAACUUCACCUGCUGCAUGCUGCUGCUUGCCUGUGUUAGCAUAGACCGCUACCUAGCAUCUAUUAGAGCGGAGGGAAGGAACCAGGGAAGGCUAGGCAGGGUCUUCACCCGGGCUCACUAUGGGAAGGUCUGCCUGGGGGUGUGGGCUGUGGCUUUCCUCCUGGGUCUUCCAGACCUGCUGUUCUCCACGGUGAGCAAGACCUCCGGGAGAAGGGUCUGUUUGGCUGUCUACCCGCCCAGUCUGGCCCAGGAGGUCAAGGCCUGCCUAGAGAUGGUGGAGGUGCUGUUGGGAUUCCUGGUGCCGCUCCUGGUGAUGGCGUGGUGUUACUUCAACGUUGGGCGUGCAUUGGGGCGACUCCCAGUGGAGAGUAGGGGGAGGAGGCUGAGCGCUAUCCGGGUGUUACUGGUCGUGGUGGGGGUGUUCGUGGUCACCCAGCUGCCCUACAACGCUGUGAAGAUAUGCCGGGCGAUGGACUCUACCUACACGCUGGUGACCCACUGCGGUGUGAGUAAGGCCCUGGACCGGGUGGCGCAGGUCACUGAGAGCCUGGCUCUGACCCACUGCUGUCUCAACCCACUACUCUACGCCUUCCUAGGGUCCUCCUUUAGAAAACACGUACUGAAAGCAGCCAAGGCAUUUGGAGGAAGGACAAGGAGAAGGGAGGAGCAAGCUGUGGAGAUGUCCUUCAACAACUCUCAUUCCGCCUCACAGGAGACGAGUGCCUUCUCCAUAUGAGAGAGAGACAGAUA